UGAAAUUACAAGGCUCUGGAUCCAAGGCAAUCUUCCGUAUGCACGCCAUAUGCAUCUUCCAGGGCUUUUCAAUCCAUGCAUCCAAACUAUGUAUGAAAUUUCGGAGGAUAUACCGUUUAAAUUUGGACUAUAAGCAAAAGAAGGCGUCGAGGAAUAGAAAGAUGAGCCUUUUUUUAGAUAUUUCCUGGGCGGUUCAAUUGUAUUUAAGCAACCUAGUCUGCUGCUAUUUGUAGUAUUUUCCCUCCUCCUUUAGUCAAUCACCAAGACAGUUGUAUCCCUAAAUUCAUCUGAGAUAUGAGUUCCAACUUUAUCACAUUGCUCGUCGCAGCAUUCACUCUUAGUAGUGUUUCCGCCGUUCCUUACUGGUUCUUUUACGGGAACGUGCAAUUCACUUACGAACAGUGUGUUCCUCAGCUUUCCACUUCCUCUUUCACUACCACUUCCUUAGAAUACCUCGCCAACAACGGGUGUAACACUCAUUACAUUCCAACCACCACGUGUGUUCAAAAAAAUGUUUGUACCACCACCUCUACUUCCACCUAUGCUCCUGUCACCUCUGGUACUGACAAAAGUUGCAACUUGUGUAUGGUUCCUCUGACUUACACUACUAAUGUUUUGCAAUGCCCAUUACUUCUUGGUUGGUUGUACGGCUGUGACACUUACACCCUUACGGGUACUUCGUAUAACAUUGGCGAAUGUACUUCCACUGGGGGUAUCGCUCCAACAUACACUUCGAGCACCGCUGCUCCUACCGUUAUCUGCACCACCACCGUCAAGACUGUUAGUACUUCCACUUCUUCUCUCCUGUACUACAACUUAGGGCUCAAUUGCAAGACUGUCUGGAACCCAUGCCAACACUCUACCACAGUAACUGUAUGCAACACUGUUACUCCUACUGCCGUUACCAGGUAUACUACCAUUUCUGGCACUUGGACUGGCGCUUCUUCCAGAACCACCACCCUUCCGUUUCUUCCAGGUGCCACUGUUGUGACCGUCGAGGUUGAUGGUCCAGCACCAAACCCAACCACCAAGACGGUUACAGUUACUGGAACCUGGACUGGUGCUCUCACCGAGACUCACACGAUUCCAUUUAUCUCUGGUGCCACCGUUGUGACCGUCGAAGUUGACGUUCCAACUCUGUCUGCUAAGCCGAUCACCACGUGUAUCACCACCGUUCAGGUUAUCAGCACUUCCACUUCUUCUCUCCAAUACGACAAAAAUGGUGCCAACUGCAAGACCGUUUGGAACCCUUGCCAACACUCUUCGACUGUUACUAUUUGUAACACCGUCACUCCUACUGUCGCCACUACGUGUAUCACCACCGUUCAAGUUAUCAGCACUUCCACUUCUUCUCUCCAAUACGACAAAAAUGGUGCCAACUGCAAGACU